CGUGAUGAUGUGCCGAAAGGAGACAAACUGGUCUUAAGGGGGUUAAAAUUUCACGGGUUCCAUGGAGUGAAGGCUGAAGAAAGAACUCUGGGCCAAAAGUUUGUAGUGGAUAUGGAUGUCUGGAUGGACCUUAGACCAGCCGGCAAGUCUGACCGGUUGUCAGAUACACUCAGCUAUACUGAUAUUUACCGCAUAGUAAAAGAGGUGGUGGAGGGAUCAGCACAUAAUCUGCUUGAAAGUGUGGCGGAACACAUCUCAUCGGCAACACUGAGCAGAUACCCACAGGUAAGUGCAGUACGUGUUCAGGUAGGAAAGCCGCAUGUUGCGGUCCAAGGAUCCCUUGACUACUUGGGUGUUGAGAUCAUUAGAUAUAGAGGAAUUGACACAUAGAUCGUCAAUGCUUUGUUACCAUGUUUUUCUUUCUUCCACAUUCUCAAACCUUAACUGAUUGUUGCAACUUGCAACUUGUGU